CACAAACGCUUCCUCCCACGCGGGAAUUAUAAACUGCAGCGCUGGACGACUGCCAACGGACUCACUGUCAUCCACCUUCCCUAGGACGCAGCGGCUGGGCAUCGGUCAACGUCUUCUCAUAUACGCAUCACGAUGAACUCGACCGCUCCGGCAUAUGAGUCGGCGGACGUCUUGUACGCCAACACCGAUUUCAGCAAGCUCAACUGGCUUGAGACUCAAUGGGCUGCCUGGUAUCUUUGGAUCGGUAACCCUAUUCUUGCCACGGGUCUGAUGAGUUUCCUACUCCAUGAGAUUGUAUACUUUGGCCGCUGCGUCCCGUGGAUCAUCAUAGACGCCAUGCCCUACUUCCGCAAGUGGAAGUUGCAGCCGAACAAAAUUCCAACACCGCAAGAGCAGUGGGAAUGUACGAAGCAGGUCCUGUACUCCCACUUCACGAUUGAGCUGCCAAUGAUCUGGUUCUUCCAUCCUAUGGCCGAAAUGUUCGGCAUGUCGACAUGGCAAGUGCCUUUCCCGUCGUGGAAGUUGAUGGUCCCGCAAGUCCUCUUCUUCUUCGUGUUCGAGGACAUCUUCCACUUUUAUGCGCACCAGGCACUUCAUUGGGGUCCCCUGUACAAGCACAUCCACAAGAUCCACCACAAGUACCCUGCGCCGUUCGGUCUUGCUGCGGAGUAUGCACACCCUGCUGAAGUCAUGAUCCUGGGCAGUGGCACCAUCGCUGGCCCGUUGCUAUACUGCUUCUUCCGCCGUGACCUUCACAUCUUCACGAUGUAUGUGUGGAUUACACUGCGUCUGUUCCAGGCUGUCGACGCCCACAGUGGCUAUGACUUUCCUUGGUCGCUGCAGCACAUUAUCCCAUUCUGGGCCGGUGCCGAACACCAUGACUUCCACCACAUGGCAUUCAUGAACAACUUCGCCACGUCUUUCCGCUGGUGCGAUCGUCUGGCCGGUACCGAUACAAAGUACCAUGAGUACCGUGCACGCGUGGCUGCUCUGAAGAAAGCUAGCGCUAACAAAGAGGAGUUUGCCGCGAUGGAGUUGAAGCUGAACGCCCAGAUGGAGGCUGAGGGCGUUAAGGCCGAAGCGGAGGCGGAGGCAUACCGCUACGGCAGCAAAGCGAAAGCUGCAUGAGCUUCCUGUCGCGGCGCACACAGUUCGCCACUUACGAUAUAUCUGACUGCUCAUAAUGAACUUGUAGAAAACGUCUUAUACCAUGACGCUGUGUUGUUUCGCGGAUCGUCGCGUCAGAGGUCUUGCUCCCUUUUUGUGUUGGCGGAUGU